AUGGAGGAGAUGCUACUGCUGCUGCUAUUCCUGAGGGCCGCCACAAGCAAGUGUUUACAUGAUGAGACACAGAAGUCUGUGAACCUCCUCAGGCCUCCUUUGUCCCCACCCCUCCCAAAUAUCCGCUCUUCCUUUCCCACUUACCCUGGUUCCCGUGACCCUCAACCCCUUCGGAUCCAACCCUCUUUUAUUGGAGAUCCUGUAUCAGAUGGAAGCUGGAAUCCUGAGGGAGGUGAGAAGAAAGAAGAUUCUCGAGCAGCGAGUGCGGUGAGGGAGGCCGCUCGGCAAAUCCGCAGUAUCUUAGCAGUGCAAGGACCUCUGCUGCUGAACCGAGACUUUGUCCAGUACUGCCACGCUGUCUGGGGAGACCCAGACACCUCAAACUAUCACAGGUGCAGCCUCUUGAAUCCAGGGUAUAAAGGCGAGAGCUGUCUGGGUGCAAAGAUCCUCGACUUCCAUCUCCGUGGUUAUGCCGUAUGGCCGGAGCAGGGUCCUCCACAACUGGUCCAGCCAGAUGGGCCUGGGGUCCCAAACACGGACUUCCUUUUGUAUGUGCGGGUGGCCCACACUUCCAAAUGCCACCGAGAGCCCUCUUUAAUAGCCUAUGCUGCCUGCUGCCAGCUGGACUCAGAAGACAGGCCUCUUGCUGGUGCCCUAGUCUACUGCGCCCACCAUCUCACCAGUGCCAGCCUCAGCCAUGAUGACCUGGUCACGGCCACCCUCCAUGAAUUGCUCCAUGUCCUGGGUUUCUCUGGACAGCUCUUCAAGAAGUGGAAGGAUUGUCCCUCAGGACCCAGUGCAAGCGGGAACUGCUCUACGAGGCAACGGGUGACCAGGCGAGACGCGUGGGGACAGCUGCUUCUCACCACCCCCGCUGUGAGCCGUCGCCUGGCCCAGCACUUGGGAGUCCUCGGAGUUUCACAGGGGGUUCCCUUAGAAGAAGAGUAGGGCCCUUUGUCUUCUCACUGGGAAGCCCGACUGCUACAGGGCUCUAUAAUGACUGCUGCCUUCCACGGUGCCCAGCGCACUCGGCUUGACCCAAUUACUCUUGCUGCCUUUGAAGACUCGGGCUGGUACCAAGUCAACCACAGUGCUGCGCAGGAACUGUUGUGGGGCCAGGGAUCUGGCUUGGAAUUUGGCCUGGUGGCCACCUGUGAAACAGUCUCCUCCGACUUCUUCUGUAGGGGCAGUGGACUGGGCUGCCACUACCUGCACCUGGACAAGGGUCGCUGCUCGUCAGACGCCACGCUGGAAGGCUGCCGCAUGUACAAGCCCUUAGUCAACAGGAGUGAAUGCUGGAAGAAGGAAAACGGAUUCCCACCCGGGGCAGAGAACCCUCAUGGGGAGGUCUACCAGUACCAGAGCCGUUGCUUCCUUGCCAACCUCACCUCACAGCUGCUCUCCGAGGGCAAGACCAGGCAUCCCUCUGUGAUCCCACACGUCCAAGACGGGGAGCUCUCGGGCCGCUGCUACUUAACUCAAUGCACAGAGAGCGGAGCAUACAGGGUGCGGGUGGCGGGGUCACCCUGGGUCCCUUGCCUUCCAGGAAAGGCUAUCCAGAUACCUGGGUACUAUGGUCUUCUCUUCUGUCCCCGAGCCCCGCUGUGUCGGACUAAUGAAGGAGCCAAUGCUGUUACUUCCCCAUCCAUGGGUUUUUCAACCCAACACCUACCGUUGCAGCUGUCUUUAAGAUUAGCUGGGUCCCAAGGCCACUCCCCGGGGAAAGAACAGCGAGAAGAACUGACCAAAGAAGUGCUGCAGGCUCUGGUGCGCAGAAGUGGCACUGGCAGGUGCUAUUUCCACAGCCCCUCGAUGAACGAUAGCCUGGUGUUCACUGUGCACAUAUGGAAGUCCCCUGGUUGCCAAGGGCCUCCAGCUGGUAUGCUGCACAGGACCUUGACCCUGGCUCUCCAGAAGCAGCUUCUAGAAGUGUCUUAUGGAGGAGUCAGCUAUACCAUAGAAUACAGGUUGCUGGCUACCUCGGACACUAAUCAUUCCAUGGCCCGUGUUGGUCUGUUCAUGGGACUUUGCCUAGUGCUUAUUCUGGUGGGCACACUGGGAACUGUAGCCCAUCAGAAGCGGACUGCCCUUCAGGUUGGACCAUCUGCUCCUUACAAUUUACCAGUGUGCCAAGGCACAAGAGACCCAACUGGAGGAAUAAGGGAAGUAUGACAACACCCAGCACGUGGCAGG